UUCCAUCUUAGAAGUAGAAGUACUAGCAUUUGUUUUUUUCUUCUCUUGUGUUGACUCUCACUCCACUCCCCCUUGUGUGGUGUUUUUAUUAGCAGAAAUAAGACACACACAGUCACACACAUUCACAAUAGAAAGAGAAGAACAAGAGAGUGAAAGAGUUCUGAGACCAACGCAACACACAUUGAUUGCAACAAUGCCAAUGCGAAUGCGAGUCUCUCUCUUCUUCUUCUUCUUCUUCUUCAUCUUCCUCUUCUUCCCCUCUCUCGUUAAACCAGAUCUCUCCACCGAACGCGCCGCCCUCUUAACUCUCCGCUCCGCCGUCGCCGGAAGAACGCUUUUCUGGAACGCCACCUCUCCCACCCCCUGCAACUGGUUCGGCGUUUACUGCGACGCCAACACCACCCACAUCCUCCAGAUCCGCCUCCCCGCCGUCGCCCUCUCCGGCCAACUCCCACAUGGCGUCUUCUCCGCCCUCCCCCACCUCCGCACUCUCAGUCUCCGCUUCAAUGCCCUCUCCGGCCCACUCCCCUCCGACCUCGCCGCCUGCUCCUCGCUCCGCAACCUCUACCUCCAGCACAACCUCCUCUCCGGUGAGCUCCCGGCGUCGCUCUCCCGCCUCACCGGCCUUGUCCGCCUCAACCUGGCCUCCAAUAACUUCUCCGGCCCGGUUCCAGUGGGGUUCCGGAACCUGACCCAGCUCAGGACCCUCCUCCUCCAGGAUAAUCGUCUCUCCGGUGAGCUCCCAGAGUUGGACAGGGGGGAUCUCGCACAGUUCAAUGUCUCCAGCAACAUGCUCAAUGGGCCAGUGCCUGAAAAGCUGCGAAGUUUCUCCAAAGACUCGUUUCUGGGUAAUACUCUCUGUGGGAAGCCACUCGAACCUUGUCCUGGGGAUGCAGGUAGUGGGAAUGGGGUUGAAGGAAAUGGUACUGAGAAGAAAAAGAACAAGCUCUCUGGUGGGGCAAUUGCUGGGAUUGUGAUUGGGUCUGUGGUGCUGCUUUUGUUGGUUGUUUUUGCUUUGAUUCUUUUGUGCAGGAGCAAGAAUGGUGAGAAGACUAGGUCUGUGGAUGAUGUGGCUGCUAAUGUGAAGCAUGAUGAGAAUGUGGGGAAUGGUAAUGGGUACUUGGCCGCCGCCCCGGCGGUGGUGGCGGUGAAUGGUGGUGCCAGGAGUGAAGGGGUGGCUGGUGGUGGUGGGGCUAAGAAGUUGGUGUUUUUUGGUAAUCCAGGCAAAGUGUUUGAGUUGGAGGAUUUGCUGAGAGCCUCUGCAGAGGUUUUGGGGAAAGGAACUUUUGGGACUUCUUAUAAGACGGCUUUGGAGAUUGGGCCUGUGGUGGCUGUGAAGAGGUUGAGGGAUGUCACCAUUUCUGAGAAGGAAUUCAAGGAGAAGAUUGAACUGGUUGGAGCAAUGGAUCAUGCCAAUUUGGUCCCUCUCAGGGCUUACUAUUAUAGCAGGGAUGAGAAGCUUCUUGUUCUUGAUUACUUGCCAAUGGGAAGCUUAUCUGCACUUUUGCAUGGAAACAAAGGAGCUGGUAGGACACCACUGAAUUGGGAAAUCAGAUCAGGCAUUGCACUUGGAGCUGCUCAUGGCAUUGAGUACCUACAUUCACAAGGGCCAAAUAAUUCUCAUGGAAACAUAAAGUCAUCCAAUAUCCUCCUAACCAAGUCCUAUGAUGCCAGGGUAUCUGAUUUUUGCCUCGCACACCUUGUUGGCCCCUCAUCCACACCCAAUCGGGUUGCUGGCUACCGCGCGCCAGAGGUAACCGAUCUUCGCAAAGUGUCUCAGAAGGCAGAUGUGUACAGCUUCGGCGUGUUGCUGUUGGAGCUUCUGACCGGAAAGGCACCCACUCACACCCUCUUGAAUGAGGAAGGAGUGGACCUUCCCAGAUGGGUGCAAUCAGUUGUGAAAGAAGAGUGGAGUUCUGAGGUGUUUGAUCUUGAGCUUCUCCGGGAUCAGAAUGUUGAAGAGGAGAUGGUGCAGUUGUUGCAACUUGCAGUGGAUUGUGCAGCACCAUACCCUGAUAACCGCCCUUCAAUGUCUGAAGUGAGACAGCAAAUAGAAGAGCUGCGCAGGUCAAGCUUGAAAGAAGGUCAAGACCAAAUCCAACAACAUGAUUUGAUCAAUGAUAUAGGUGAUAUAUCUUCUAGAUGAGUUUGAUCUGGGUUCGCCUCCAUUCUUACUACUGAAUACUGAUGGAUUGUAAAUGGAAGCAUCUUUAUGGCUUUGUCAUAUUUUCCUUGGAUGUUGUAACUUCUUUCUAGCUUUGGCCUCAAUUUUCUUCAGUAUCAUGUAUUUUUUCCCGAUUGAUCUUAAUUUGCAUUACUGUGUGAAAAUUUAGAAUUCAAAUUCCUUGACCCCCUCCCUCCAUUGUACUAGUUCCCGUUUUUUCUUCCCAAUCAAUACUAAGGGGUAGCACAUAUCUGUUCCAUUAGUUA